AUGUUCAGAUCUUUACCAUCUGAUGUUCUCAACUAUCAAGAUGAUAAUUUUUACCAAAUAAUAAAAGAAAGAUGUGGUGAUGAUGUAUUAGAAUUUAUGAAAGUUUUGGGCAUUUCAUCUGUCCAGUCAUUAUUGGGAGUAGAGAAUUUAUUUGAUUGGUUACAAUUUAAUUCGGAAAAACUAAAAAUGAUCAAAAAUAAAUUAGCUUUUCAGCAUGAUGAUGGUUUUGUUGAAGUUAAAUGGGGCAUUCAGAACUCGUUAGAACGUUUAAUUCGAGAUUUACAAACAGCUAAUGGUAAAAAACAACAGGCAGCAGGAUCAACAAUCUUACACGAUGAUGAUGUAACUCUCUCAUCAAUUUUUCUUCAAAAACAUCCUGUGUUAAAAUCUUUAAUUAAUUAUUAUCAAACAAUAGAUAAUGAAAAUAAUGAAAAUAACUCCGAAGAUAUUUCUUUUUUAACUUCUUUUCUUGACAAUAUUAGUAACAAUUUAUGUCGUUCUAAAAACACAUAUCGUUAUAAUGAAUCUGUACUUCGAUUUGCAAUAUCAUUUUAUAUAUUAAGCGGAAAAAUGGCAUAUGAGUUUGUUCGAAGGAACAUACCUGGCGCUCUUCCAGCCUUAACCACUGUUCAAAAACUUAUUUCAAAUACAGAUUCUCGAAUAAAUGAAGCAGAUUUUCGUUUUAAUUCAUUAAAAGCACAUAUGAAUUCUCUUAACACAACUAUUGCAUUUGCUUCGGAAGAUUGUACUGCAGUUAUUAAGAAAAUAUCUUAUGACAGUCUUACUAAUUCUUUUGUUGGUUUCGUUACACCUUCUAAUAAUGGAAUACCUCUUGAUCUGCACUACCAAACGGACUCUUUUGAACAACUUCGUGAGUGGUUUUCUACUGAAGACCGUUCACCCUUACUUAACAUCCAUAUGAUUCAGCCCAUCACAAAAAUGCAGAUGAUACCAAAUCCAUUUUUACUUUGUGCUUUUGGUACUAAUAAUCAAUAUGAAUCGAUCGAUAUUAUUCGUCGAUGGAUUUGGACAUUCGAACAAAGUUUAUUAAAAAAUGUUCGUAUUAUUGGAUUCUCCACUGACGGAGAUCCAAAAUACCUGCGCGUAAUGCGCCUUAUUACCGGCUUUUUUGCUUCACUGCCCAAUAUAAAAUUAAGUAGUUACAGGGAUGCAUUUCAUGUUAACAUUCCAAAAGAAUGGGAUUGGUAUUUUCUUAAUAAUAGUCAACUGUUUUUAUGUUUUCAAGAUGCUACACGUCUUUGCACAAAAUUACGUAACAGAUUAUUAUCUCGUGUAGCAAAUUUGUUAAUCGGUAAUAGUUGCAUUUCUAUUAAUCAUCUCUCAACAUUAAUUGAAAAUGUUUCUAAAUUACGACAUGGUUUAGUAAAAUCUGAUAUAUAUCCAAAUGAUCGCCAAAACUUUAACUCCUGUAUUAAGAUUUGUAGCGAGGCUGUAAUUAACAGUUUGAUGGUUAUACCUAAUACUGAAGGUACAAUUAUGUAUCUUCGUUUACUUCGUUCAAUUAUGAUUGCUUACAUAGAUAAGGAUACAACUUCAAUUGAUCGACUUUAUCAUGCUUGGUUUUCAGUCUUUAUUAGUCGAUGGUGGUAUAUGUGGCUUGAGCAUAUGUCAAAAGUUGAUUUAGAUAACCAUCUAUAUAAAUUUAAUGAUAUUGUAAUUAAUCAGGAGAAAAAAAACGAUAAAAGGCAAUUUUUCAUUACCAAUAGCGCUUAUCAUUCAAUUGAAAUCAAUGCCCACCAACUUACAUAUCUUGCUUUGUUAGUAAUAGAAAAAAAAUUACCACCUGAAGCGAUGAAUAUUUAUUUAUUUAGUUCUCAAACAUGUGAAGGAAUGUUUAGGUCAGCCCGUUCAAUGUCUGGCACAUUUUCUUCUGUAGUAAAUUUUAGUAUACAAGAAUUUCUGAGUCGAGCUCAAAAGUUAUCUCUUUUACACAAAAUUAAAACUGAAAGCGAGUUUUCUUCAACUAAUGAUGCUCUUAAUUUCCCGAAACAUUAUAAACAAGGAAAGAAAUUACAAAAAUCAGCAAAUACAAUUCCAAAUAAUAAUGUACUCAACGCGGGCAUGAUUACAAAAAUAGUUUCUCAAGCUUUUACUGAUGCUACUAAAUUAUUAUCUAGUUUCCAACUUAAAGAAAUUCUUGAUGAAAAAAACAUAAUAAAUAUGAAUCAACUGAGCAAUUCCAUUAGAAAAGUGCUCAAUAAAAAAGUAAAUAGUGUUGAUUAUUCUAACUUAUAUGAAGAAACGGAUGAAAUAUCGAAUUCGGAAUAUGAAUUAGAUGUUAUAUUAGAUUCAGAAAGUUAUAUUGAAAAUGAAGAUCAACAAUUUGAUGAUGAACAGGACGAUACAUCAAGUGUCUCAUCCAAUGGAGUCUUAUAUGGUUUACAGGGUGCUACGUUUUCUGGAAUGUGGGUAUUUGAUAAAGUUCGUGCAGAAUUAGCAAAAUCGUAUUUUGAAGUGGAAAUAGAUGGUAAGAGAAAAUUCAUUCACAAGCAGACCGCUUGUUGGCUCUUAACUGAAAACAAAGCAGCCUUAUCAAAUGAUCGUCUCACUCGUGUAAUGCAAAAAUAG